UAUGUGAGUGCCCAUUUAUAUUGUUGCAAGUAUAAAACAUGAACAAUAUGUCAAGCUCAAGUUAUUGAUUUCUGCUUGAAGAUGACAAAUGCUAUGUUCUCUUUCUCUUCAUUCAACAUCGAUGAAAUUCAAGGUGGUUACAAUUCCCUCAGAGAGUAUGAAAAAGACCAGGCUUUGAGCAAAGAUAAUCAAAACCCUUUAUCAGGGUUGGAAAAUUGGGGAGAUAUUGGUUCUCUCUGUUCCAAAUAUGGCUUUUAUCAGGAGAUUGUAGCAGCAGAUAAGAGCGUGUAUUUCCCCAAAGUCGAACCACCACCGCCACUGCCACCGCUGCCGCCACAUCAAUCGCCGCCACCCAUUUCCAAUUAUGGAAUACUGGGUGAUUUCCAGUUCAACCCUGCUUUCCCAUUAACUGAACCAAUUCCAGAGACAAAAACUGUUUUUGAAACCAAAAAGGAAGAGCAAUAUUGCUUUUCUUCAGCAUCUUUAGAGCUACUGAGUAAUUAUGCAGGUGGGUUGAAGAAGUUGAAAGGAGAAAAAUACUGCAGCAAUCUUGGUGAUGAUGAGACUAAAGGCGGUGGCCAGAAAUUAUCGACAGAAGAGAUCAUGAGGGUGGCCGGAGAAAGGUAUAUACAGUUCUCUACCCAAAGGGUUGACGAAAUCUUCAUGCUUGCGCACCCUUAUGGUUCUUCUUUCUCGGGUCUCUGUCUUGAAGAAACCCGAGACGUAGAACUAGCCCACCUUCUCCUGGCUGCGGCUGAGAAGGUGGGCUACCAGCAAUACGAACGCGCAAGCAGAUUGCUCAAGCAAUGUGAUUGGCUAGCCUCUGAUACGGGUAACCCGGUCCAGAGAGUUGUUUACUAUUUUGUAGAAGCGCUUCGAGAGAGGAUUGAUAGGGAAACAGGGAGAUUUGUGUCAAGGUCAACAGUGGGGGAACAAGAAAAAGAGGUAAUGGCAAGUCUAGGGGUGAGUUCAAACCUCGUGUCCAUGAAAAUCCACCAAGAAAUUCCCUUCACACAAGUGAUGCUAUUUGCGGGAAUUCAAGCAGUAUUAGAAAAUGUCGCGUUGGAAAUCAAUAUUCAUUUGGUUGAUUUCCAUAUCAAGAGCGGUGUACAAUGGAUAGUAUUGAUGCAAGCUCUAGCAGAGCGAGCCACUUACCCAAUUCAGCACUUAAAACUGACUGCUGUUGGGACAACGGAGGGACACAAGAUGGAGGAAACAUGCAAAAGGUUAGCAACCUUCGCCGAGUCCUUGAGCUUGUCUUUCUCAUUCAAGGUUGUUCUCUUACUAGACAUGAAAGACAUAAAAAAAGAACAUUUUGAUGUGGAAGCCAAGGAGGCCGUGGUCAUAUACUCUAAUACCAUACUGCGAGAUAUGAUCUCGAGGCCUAACUGUUUGGAAACUCUUAUGAGAGUGAUCAGAAGCCUCAAUCCAUCAAUAAUGGUAGUCAUUGAAGUUGAAGCAAAUCACAAUUCACCAUCGUUUUUCAAUCGCUUCAUCGAGACACUUUUCUUCUUCAGUGCUUUUUUCGAUUGCCUGGAAGACUGCAUGGAGAGAGAGAAUAAGUACAGGAUGAUCGUGGAGGGAAUAUAUUUUCGCAAUGGGAUACAUAAUAUUGUUGCAACAGAAGGCGAGGAAAGGGUCACUCGGAGUGUGAAGAUGAACGUGUGGAGGGCAUUCUUUGCGAGGUUUGGUAUGGUGGGGCUUGAGAUGAGCGAGUCAUCUCUGUAUCAAGCAAAUUUGAUUGUCAACCGGUUCAGUUGUGGGAGCUCAUGUACUCUAGAGAAUGAUGGAGAGUGCCUAACUGUAGGUUGGAAGGGAACUCCAAUUCAUUCCCUUACCACUUGGAAGUUCCGUUAAGAGAGAGAGAAAGUGUCAUUUUUGGCCAAACUAGAUUGAUUGUGUUCCCUACAUCUAAUUACUCCGGUUAACAUGUUUCAAUGAUUUUGCUCUUUUAAAAAUUUAUGUCUCGUUGUCCCUCUUUUUCAAAACUUACUCUGGUUAACAUGUUUCAACGAUUUUGCUCCUUCUGUUUUCAUUUUAGCAUUUUCUAAUAAAUGUGUAGA